GAGUACCUGAGCUGCGUUUUGACCCACCUCUGUCGACUCCCUCCCUCUCUCUCUCUCUCUCUCUCUCUCUGUGUGUGUGUAAUCAGGGAUAUUGUUUUCCUUAGCCCGCUCUCUCACCCACUCACACACACUCCCGUUAUUUCAGAGCGCUGUAGGUGAUACUCGUCUUUACCUGUCCGGCUUGCUCACCUGAGCGGACUCACCUGUCCCGACGCCGAGACACACUCUCCUUUCCUUUUAGAUUCGGAGCCUUAGAGACAAUCAGCGCGAGGGGAAAAGGAGAUAAAGCGGUCCACGGCUUGCGAAACGAGAAGAAAGGUGCAAGGAGGAAGGAGAAGAGGGGACCGACACCUUCCAUUUCUGUCCACCAACUUUGGAGUUUCCUGCUUUCCUAGCUCCCAGUCGCCUCUGCGUCGCGGAAGAAAAAAAAAAAAAAAACUACCUGCACGCAAAUCCCUCCAAAGAUCUAGGUAAUAACCGAACAUGCCGCGGGCCUUCUUGGUGAAAAAGGCGAAUGUUUCGCCGGGUAAGCGGAACUGGAGCGAGCUCCCGGAUCAUGAACGAGGAGACGUCUACAUCCCAGUGUCCAUCUUCCCUCCGUCCGUCCUGAUGAUGGAGGCUGAAGCCAGCCCCGCCGAGUCCACGCCGCUCUGCCUCACCAAACACUCUGUGUCCGACGUGCGGACCCACGCCGAGCUGCCGUCCAGCACGGUGCUGGGCCGACCGCAGAGCCCCGCGGCUUCACCGGAGGAGAAGUCAGAGGUCAGGAGGAGGUCGCAGGGCGGCUCCACGUACAUCCGGUCCAAAAUCAAGGUGACUACAGGCGAGUUACCCCCCAGUCCCUCUCCUCUCCCUCUCCCUCUACCUCUUCCUCCCAUUCCCGCCCUGCCAUCCUUGACCCCACCCGCCGCCGUGAUGCCAAUUGCCUUGACGACAACGACGACAACCCCUGCCCCCCUGGAGCCGGUCCCCAUGGUGACCAGAUCAGUAGGUCAAGGUCAAAGCUUGUCGACGGGUGCUACAGCGCCGUUUAUAUGUCAGGUUUGCCAGAAGACAUUCCAGUACCAGCGGAUGUUAAACAGACACAUCAAGUGUCACAACGAGACCAAGAGACACCUGUGCCCCUUCUGCGGCAAAGGCUUCAACGACACCUUUGACCUCAAGAGACACGUGCGCACACAUACAGGGGUCCGUCCGUACAAGUGCAGCCUGUGCGAGAAGGCCUUCACCCAGCGCUGCUCCCUGGAGUCCCACAUGAAGAAGAUCCACAGCGUCAACGUGAAGUACGCCUACAAGGAGCGGCGCAACAAGCUGUACGUCUGCGAGGAGUGCGGCCACACGGCGGGAGCUCAGGACGAGCUGGCGAUCCACCUCCACUCGCUUCACCCCGACAGCGCCCUGUUGAAGGGGAAGGCUGCGCGGAGAGCGGGAGGAGGAGGAGGAGGCGGCAAAGAGGGACAGUCAGUCGGAGGAUCCAUGCCAGGUUCUCCCCAAGGAGCUGAUAGCGAUGACACCACCGGAUCUGCAGGGCAGUAGAGAGGAGGAGAGCCUGAAAGAUCAUCAACAUAAGCUUAGGGGGAUGGAUGAAGGAUGGAUGAAGGAUGGAUGGAUGGAUGGAUGAAUGGAUGGAUGGAUGCAUUAAAUAAUGGACAUGUAGGUAAAGGGAUACGAUACAUGUACUGUAUAUGUGUAAAUAUCUAUGAAGGUAUGUGUGUCUGGAUUUGGGCAUUUGUAUAUGACUAAUGUUGAAAGGAUUAACGCACCACACGGCCGUGUCGUACUUUGACUUUAUAUAUUUACAUGAAUAAGAAAAUGUACAUAUUUAACAAUACCAACAUAUGUUUCUUUACAUUGUGAAUGUUUCCUAUGGGUGUGUCUGUACAGCAAAAAGAUGAAUUUUUGUAUCUACUAAAAAAAGUAAAACUGUUAUAUUAAAGGGAAUAAUAUAUUACUGAAAAAAUGAAUUUUCUUUUUUGUUAUGAAUUAUGUUUAUUCUUCAUCCUUUAACAGAGUCUCUUUCAUGGGCUGGGAAAGCUUCUAGAAAUGGUGCCUACAAAAAGUGAAAAUAUAAUGAAUUUUUAUUUAUGGAAAAUAUACCAACAACCUGCUGCGGUUCAUUUCCCCAAGCUUCUGAUUUUCCAGAAAAUAUAAUUAACUGGCAGCAUUUGAAAAACCCUCAAGUCUUGUCUUUUCUAAUCCAAACAACAAAAAAAACCGACAAAUCAUCUGGCUGAAUUUAUACAACAUUAACCAAAAUUUUAAAACAAUUAUAACCAGUUAUAUUGGUAAAUAAUAAUAUUAUUGUCUAGUCACAUUGAAAUCAUGAGAAGAGAAAAAUAAAAUAAUUUACAAAAAAGAAAUAUUAGCAGAAAUACAAAUUUUUAGCGAUUUUAAAUGCAUUCAGAUUUGUAUUCGUACCAACAAGUAGACGUGUGUUUAUAUAAACAGUGAUCAGAGUGUAUAUUUAAAUGCAUUUAAAUAUGCAUCAAGAUACACAACCAGGCAGACAAUGAGAAGACGACUUAAACGCUAAAAUAGUGAAAACCUCAUAACGGAUGAAUCUGUUGUGAAAUGCUUUACUACAGCUAAUUAUAUACUGUACAUAUAUAUAUAUAUAUAUAUAUAUAUAUAGACAGACACAGACACACAUUCCUUCAUUCAUGCAUUGUAAUGGACACCCCUGCAACUAAAUAUCAAUGUUUGUUUUUGGAUGGUAAAAUAAUAAAG